UUGCGCAACAAAACCAAAAAGGCACCACAACCUCUAGUCUUCAUGACCAAAAAAGAGGAUCUACGAAGUACGAUCAAGGUUAUAGAAGGUGAAGUUGGCCAGAUGAUAAGAAAUGAGUUUGUCAUGUCUUACAAUUUAAACCGUUCUCAUCCCCAUCAAUGUUUUGAGCUGUGGAAAAAAUGUAGAAAUCAACUUGAGAAUAAAAAACAGAGUGACACGAUAACAUCGAAUACCCCGAUCAUUCCUCUUGAUCUGUCAGUAUCAUCUAUAGAAGCGUCUACUUCAAACGAGGACGAUUCCAAACUGGAAUCAAGCCAGGCACUGGAAAGGAAUAGUGUUCCCGAAAUCGUCGAGUCUGAAAUUACAAAUGUGGAAACUGAAGAAAUGCAUGCAACUAAUAGUUCAAUUAUAAUAGAUUCGGCAAUCCGACUGCCAUCGGAUAAUUCCAUAUUAUUGGGUGAGACUAGUAUUUUACCCAAUUUACCACCCUUUGAUACAACUGAAGAUGUCAUAGAUUUUAUUAUUCAGAAUGAAAUAGACAUACCUGAUGUGAUACCAUUGCCAUGGUAUGAUACUUUAGAAAUAAUAGUAGAAAAAGACCCCAUUAUUGACGCUCCUAAUAAAUGCUCUUCUCCUCAGAAUAACGCAUCAUCCAUACCAGCCAUUCCCAGUUGCAGCAAUAACACUAAUCAAGCAAAAAAUUCGCUUGAGUCCACAGUUGAUAGUCAGACUGCAAUAAAGUCUGUAAUAGAUCCCACUAAUAGUAUUAAUUCAUCGAAUGAUACAAAUCCAUCCAAUCCACUAGAAGGAUUUUUGAAAAUACCGGAUUUACCACAAAAGAAAUUUAAAGUUACAAAAAAAAAUGCCUGCACCUUAUGGAUUAACAGGGCUCAAAUACAAAGAAUAUUUAAAAAAUCAGGACGAUGA